AUGGGUCCUCCUCGUCGAGCUCGUUCUAAUUCUUCUGUGUCAACUCACUCUCAACAACAUCGUCACCGACAGCCGCAACCACUAGAACCAACUCCCCCCGAAACAAUACCGUCUGCUCAAUCCCAUCUAGGAAUGUCCCCUCAGUCACGCUAUCUCUCGAACAUGAAGGUUGUACGUCGUAGAGACCCCUCUAUUGUAUCCAUAUUCGAUCAGUUCAGCCACGUCUGCGUGUACCACCAUAACGGCGACAAAUGGGAGAAGCAGGGUUAUGAGGGGAGCAUGUUUUUGUACGAACGGGACUCUUACCCACCUUAUGGUCUAUAUAUUCUGAACCGUGUUGGCAUGGAUGACUACAUUCAACGACUUUAUCCAGAAGACGGUAUAGGCGCACAUGGUUCCUACCUCAUGAUGCGUCAUUAUCCCGACUUUACCGCACGCAGGCUCGCAGAGGCACGAGACAAACUGCCCCUCUCGAGGCAGGAAGGUCCUGCCUCUAAAUUUGCUCCCGAGUUUGUAGUGCCAGAUGAACAACUACAAGAUCCUGAGAAAGGCCGAUCGCAAACGGUUGGGCUGUGGUGCUUUGCAACCGAUGCAAGAGAGAGCAUGCAAGACGUCGUAUUGAGAUUGCAUAGCUAUAUCAAGAAGAACAUUCCGUAUCCAGAUGAGUAUAGAUAUGGCCCGGAUCGUCCUCCUCCCCCGAACUUCCGGUCGUCAUCGAGGGCUAGUGAACGAUCACAUGUGCGCUCAGCAUCGAGCGCAUCCAACAUCGGCAGUAUACAUAGCAUUUCGGAGUCAGAAGAAGACCACCUAGGAAGUAAACCCGCCCCUUCAGAUAGUAGUCGUUCAAAUGGCAAUGUAUCUGAGCUCGACAAACUCUUUGCCAAGCUAGGAGGUACGAGUUCUACUCCACAGCAGACGCCCCCACAAUCGCAGACAUCUGAGACCACUGCUGCGAAUUUACUGGCCAGUUUAUCCGGCGGCGGCAAUCCUUAUAGAACGGCGUCCGUUCCCCCACUGACCACUACUUCCGUUCCACCGACUCGCGGAUUAACUUUACUGGACACCAUCUUCGCCUCCGCACCACCCCCACCCCCACAACCAAGUCAAUCCAAUCGCGGGCCAUCCCGCACUGGAGCAGCAUCAGCCUCCAUCCCUUCACGUAUCUCUACGCACUCACAAUUCGCAUAUAAUCAACAAGCUCAAUCUACACUGUACGGACAUACUGUUAACUCACAAAAUCCCCUCAUCCUUUCUCCCAAACCAACGUCGACUGCUCUCCCUCAGGUGCUCAACCAAGAUGUUAUCUCCACGCUCCUUGGGCUCCCCGCUUCGCGUGCCUAUGAAGGUGAUAACGAGGCAAGUGAUGACGGGUCUAUCUCAGAAGGAGGAUAUUCUGUUUCGAGCACUGUGCUUGAUGCUGAUGCAGAAAACAACGUGGAGCUGCAAGCUGCAGGCUCAUCGUCUGGGUUGCCACUCCUGGCUGUACCUAUGGGUGAAGCUCAUUACAACGGUACAAGAAAUGGGAGCGGCAAAACUCUGGGCGAUGUCACUCCUCGCCCCCCGCUCCGAGGCUUCAACUCGGAUUUCACGGUAGUCGGGGACCUCCUCGCUGCCGCUCAGACACAGAAGAACUCGCGUGCCUCCCCACACCUUCAUAUUCCCACUACCUUACCCCCUCCGCCGGGGGACCCAAACACUACCCCAACGUUGACCAGCAUCAAUGACGCACCCAAACCACGUCCGCUUAUUCCGUUCGAGGCGGAUUCUGACCUGUGGCCAUACCCUCGUGCUCCGUUUAUCGAGGCAGACUCCGACAUGAUUGAACUCGACUUCGCUGAUACGAGUGCGCUGAGCGAUCCUGAUGCGUUUGCGAAAGAGCAGCGCUCGAAGAAUAGGAGGAGCCAGAAGAAAGGUCGUAAGGAGCGCGAAAAGGAUCGUGAGCGGGAGAGAGAGGAGAUAGAGAAGAGCUGGGAUGUGCCGCCGCCUGUCAAGGCUGUGCCACUUCCACAGUUCCAGGGUGUCGUUUCGGCACCUGCGGUCGCUGUCAAUGGCAAGGCCAAGAAUGUGCGCAAGGAGCGCGCUGGUUCUGUAGCCAGCCAGAGCUCCGGUGAUGGGCCAAACGCCAUUGACGCCCCUGCUGUGCACGCUUCUCUCUUGUCUGCUCUCGCUCAGAAGAAGAAUGCAAGUCCGAAUAAUCUAUCGAGGAACGACUUCGUCCGGGAAGUCCUGACUCUCAUACACACAGACAAAGAAUUCGUGGAUACUCUUUGGCAGGAGUACACCUCGAGUGCGAGAUGA